CCUUUCGAAACGCUUUGCCUUCUUUUAAAACAGCCGUUUCGACUCCUCUUUAAAUUCAACAGCGAUGAGAAACGUCGAACGAAAUAAUGAGAUUGAUACAACGAGAUAUCGAGUUUGCCGCUGUCUCAAGCGAAUCGAUACAAGACGACAUGAUGCGCGACAAACGAGGAUUGCAAUCAGGGGCCGUUUAUCGAAAGAAGGGUGGGAGGAAGGGCGACAAACGAGAGUCCAAUUCCAACCUCAAUGGAGCUCGAGAGUGCGAAGUAAAAUGUUUGACCCGCGCGAUCGUCCCUAGCCGAGCCCGAUCGUUUGUCGCGGCGAGAUUCCGAGCUCGCUUCGAGUCACACCGGGCGAUCGGCUCGCGCGCGAGUCGAACGCGGCCGAGGUUCCCCGCACACGGAGCGACGGGAGUGACGUAUAGAGCUGUAAUGAUUGAAAGCCCGAUCGGGAGCAGCGAGCUCGCAGCCGCCAGUCUUCAGAAAUGAACGGCAAUGGAGGGUCGUCCGUGGCUGGCGAAGCGCGCAAAGCGAACGCUCCCAUGGAUAGCAAACCGAUCGUCACCUGUGGCGGAGAUGAGAAUUUGUUUUCUACAUUGGAGAAGGGUUUGCUACAAGCUAUACCUGCGGACACGGUAGAAUGGCGUAGAUCAUUUAGCAGGCCGAUUAAACAAGUUAAACUUGGAGCUACCUUUGUGCCAUUUUCUAGGGAUAUAUUGCCCACUGAAAAAGAUUGGCACCUUAUAAAGCAACCAAUCUUUCAUAUUUAUUGGAGCGAGUGCUCUGAUGUUGAUACUUAUAAGGCUAGUGUCAGAGACGAUAUUGAUGCCUGGUUAAAAAUACUGAAUUCAUACCACAUCCAAGAUUGGAUGAUUGUGCUAGUGGAGACGUACGACAUAAAGAAGGCCAAUAAAUUAUUGCCUAGGACUACUGUCUUAGAUAAAAUACGGAGUGACUUUGCUGCCAAGAAUGGAGAUAGUUGUCUGAUCACCAGAUGCUUUGCUGUAAUUAAUCCAAUUAAGUCUGAAUCUCGUUCGGCUGAAUCAUGGAGAGGCUUGAUAACCCGCAUCCGUCAUUUGAUGUUAACCGCGUACGAUAGAACUCUUUCACGCUUCGAAGAUAUUAUACGCGAGCAGAGGGAAAGGCGAAAUAAUCCUAGUUGGAAUUUCUGCCAUUAUUUUCUUCUACAGGAAGAAUUAGCAUUUGCGUUGGAAAUGCUGGGCCUGUAUGACGAGGCAUUGGUGCAGUAUGAUGAACUAGACGCUCUCUUCACACAAUUUGUGCUCAAUUCUAACGUAGGAGAUACUCCAGGCUGGUUAAGCCUGUUUCAAACUCCUCUCAACAACUGGGGAGGCGUAAAUCUAAACAAUGGUACAAAUCAUCAUUUAAGGUUUCUCUUGGCCGAGUGUAGAGCAUCUUUAUUAGAUCUUAGGAGUUAUUUGUUUAGUAGACAAUGUGCCAUGCUACUGUUGCUUAAUAAACCUUGGGAGGUUGCACAGAGGUGCUUGUCAUUUGUUCACAACACAUUGAGCGAGCUCAGAAUCUUAGAAGUACAGAAACCCGACGGAUCCAUAGAAUGUUGGUCGUUCCUCUGUGCAUUGGAGGUUUUGCAAGCGUGUCAAUUGUCCGCCUACAAUAUAGAUAACAAUCAACAGUUGGAUCUGUGCUCUUUACAUACAGCUAGUUUGUGGGCACUUGCAAGGGACAAGUUAGGAAGCUUAGGAAAAUUAUGCGGCCUAAUGCCGGGAAGUGAACCAACCAGCGAACAGUUACAUACAGUCGUAUACCUUAUAGCGGGCAUCGGCGAUUCGGAGCCACAGGUGGAGGGCAAAUUAACGCCCACCGAUAAAUUGAAGGAGGCGCUCUCGUCUAAGGAAGCGUUCAAGAAGCAGUAUCUCGAGCAUGCGGAGUUAGCCAUGGGCACGUACAAACACGUCGGUCGCAUUCGAUCGGCCCGGUUGAUCGGCAAGGAAUUGGCGCGGUUCUACAGCGAGCUCGGUGAGAAUCAGAAGGCGGUCGCCUUCUUGUCCGACGCUCUGAAAACAUACUCGGACGAAGGAUGGAGUCACUUGGCGGCGCAGACGCAACUCGAGCUGGCCGAGUGCUACAAACGGAUGGACGACGUCGAGAAGUACACGAAAGUGUGCGCCGCAGUAGCUAGUACAAACGUUCUGCACGUGACCGUACGCAACACAUACUUCGAGGAGAUGUUAGGAUACAUGAAAAUGAUCUCGGCGCCGCAGCCGUUACUCACCGAGCUCGGAUGUGCUUUCACAAUACUCAGCAUGGAAGUUAACGUGAUGGACAAGGUGGUGCAAGACUGUGUCGUUAGCAUCGAAGUCGAUGUACAGAGCUCGUUUCCCCGAGGGGUGAGAUGCACUAGUGCCGCGAUUUCCGUAGAGGAGAUACAGAAGCCAUCCGUACCUAAUAAGAAGAAGGGCUUGAAAGCGCCCGUUGAGCCUUCGGUACAACUCUUAUCGAAAUGCACGUUAGAAGACAUGAAGACGCUCGAUCCGAGUUUGUCGCACUUGCAAGUGUAUUCUUACCUGGAUUACAAGGAGGACAGGAGUCUCGGUUCCGCCAGUGUUAUAAAUAAAAAUCUGAAGCCGCUCGUGAGGCGUUCGGACAGCGCGAAACACAGGAAACCCUCGGUGAACGCGAAAGGUGACUUCAGCAAGGCGCUCUCGUGCGACCAGUUCGUGGUGAAGCCCGGCGCGAAUACGUUCGUGCUGGUGAGGCGGGUGAAUCAGCCGGGUUUGUACAAAGUUAGUCAGUUGUCGAUGACGAUAGAGGGCAAGCUGGAGUUCUUGUCGUCCGUGCUGAAUCCACGAUUGUGCUACGAGGUGGCGAAGACGCAGCCGACGAUAUCUGUUAAUUGCGGCAGAGAUUUGCUGGCGGGUCUCAGCCAGGACAUCGAGCUAGUCAUCUCGAGUGGAAGUACAAAGAUAACCGAAGAAAUGAAAUUGAAACUGCGGACAUCGCGUGGACUGACUGUACAGUCGCAGAGCGUCGAGAAGGUGAUGGUGAAGGAGUUGGAGAUACCGCUGCUAACGUGCGAACCGUUUCAAACUCUAAACAUGCAGCUGAAAGUUCUAGCUGAACUUCCACCAAAGAAGGAUCCUUCGUCCAUGGAGCAUAAACUGAACAUACAAUGUCCAUGGGGUUCGGAAGAAAGCAUACCUUUACAUUUUGGCCCGCCUCUAAUGUCGAGCAUGAAACUCCAUACGGCGAAACAAAGGAAAUUCGUUCAAAUAGUCGUGACAGGUUUGACAAAUCAGCUUUUGCAGCUGACCGAGCCCGAGUUAACGACUAUUACGUCGAUAGACGUGAAUUUUCGAAGUUUAAAUCCUAUCGCCGGUCAGAGAUUAGUGAUAGGCAAUGGGAUGAACGUUUCCUUCAUGUGGGAACUCGAGAUCGGAAAGGAUGAGAAAUCCACGAUACCAAUAAAGACUGACUUUCGUGUAAAAUAUCUACCAAUUAGCGAUACUGAAGAGUUAGACGAUACAUGCGUCGACGACGAUCCACUGCAUAUACAUAAUUUAGAGAAAAUUGAGAAAGCGUGUAGCAUUUACAGAUGCAAUUUUGAUAUUACAGAUUAUGUGACUUUGUUCACGGUAUCCUCGAAAGUUGAAGCGGGUGGUGGUGGAGGAGAAUUUUGUCGCGCUGGUAGUAUGUGCCACCUCUGUCUUACGGUGAUGCGUGUGUUACCUAGUCUUAGUCCGAAUCCUCCACCACAAUUAAUGUACGAGGUUCUAGCGGACCAAACUAUGUGGGCGGUGUGCGGCCGGACUGCAGGCAUUGUAUCGUUAGAAGUAUUAGAGAAACAAAGCGUUACUCUAGAUGUGAUGCCUCUGACAAGCGGUUAUUUGCCUCUCCCUGUUGUUAGAUUGUCUCGAUAUAUACCUGCAGCAGAGUCGAAAAACGAUAUCGUCCGUAAUAAAAAUGACGUAGGAUCUGGUCCUCGAUUAGAGCCAUUUAGUCCAGGACAGGUGUAUAAUGCCAGUAAAGCACAACAAGUGCAUGUUCUGCCAGCAGCUCCAUCAGAAUCGAAUUAAAGGUGUAUAGAUUGUUGUUAAAAAGCUUGUACGCAUCUUACCUUCAUGUAAUACGAGUCGCAAAUGGCCUUGUUUAGGAAAUGUCUUUAAGAGGACUUAUAAGUUGUUUUUCUAUAAAAAUGAGCGACUGUAUAAAUGUUUUAUCUUGGAAUUUAUACGAAAGAUAAACUACAUCAAUCAAUAUAAAAUAUUUUCGAAUAAGCAGAUCAAUGUUGAGGAUGUGGAAAAUGCCUAUGAAAGUAACCUUUAAUUUUUUUAUUAUACCAAAGCUAUAUUAUUCGUCUUUCGGAAAACUUGAAUCAUGCAAUAGCUGAAAUAUAUAAUGUCAUAAAAAUACUCCAAAAUUUGAUUCCUUAUAACCAAGCGCAUUUAAAUUGACGCUGAAAAAUUCAUCGGCGAUUUAUGUGUUGAUAUUUCUAAUUAUAUUUUAUGUUUCAAAAAAAUAAUUUGGUCCAGAAUUAAUACAUGUUACCGCAAUAACGUAACUUCAUAUCGAAGAUGUACUGAAAUAUCUUAUUUCCUAGUGAUUCUAUAUUACAUAUAUAUAUAUAUAUAUAUAUAGUAAGCGUUAAAAAAGUUUAUUUUAGUUUUGCUCCAAAUUAUGUACUUAUAUUUUCCCAUGUUGCAUUAUACACAUAACAUCAGAAAU